AUGGCGCUGGCUUUUCCCCUGAGGCUGGCUCUGAUGCUGUUAAGAGCAGAAGCAACAGCACACCUCCAAGAGGAACGGCUCCCAUUCUGGACAACGGUGGGUUUGCCCAACAGCCGGGCACUGCUGAGCUCGGCUCCCUGCUCUGUGCACAAAGCUCUGCCUCAGCUUGUCAUUCAGGGGGCUGCUGCCGUGGCAGAAGUCCAGGGAAUCCCCUCGCGCUUAGUCCUGAAGGCACCUCCCUGGGUGGGACUGGGUAACUUGCAGCCCCACCUCCCACUCUGCUGUCUUGUCCCCUUUCCCCCCGGUGCCCCACUGUGCUCUCUCCUCGCUCACCUCUUACCCCUCCACCUUUCUCCUUUUUCCUACUUGGGAUUUGCACCCUUUGGGGACGCCUGCCCCCCUCUGGCUCCUGUCUCUGACCUUCCCUUUUCUCCCAGCUCCCGCCUGCGUGUGCGGGGACUGUUCUCCCAGCGCAGCUCAUCCAGGCCCGGUCAGCCACGGCCCGAGUCUCUGCUCCGGGCCGAGAUGGAGAUGCAAACAAGAGGAGGGAAGGCGCCAAGCGAGAUGCGCAGAGUGGGGGCGGGGAGAUCAGAGGCCCUGGAGCCCAAAACGGACCUAGGAAGUGCGAAUCCUUACGGAGGAAAGGAAUUUGGCGAAUUGAUACUUUGUUGAAGCUGCUUUUGGUAAAUGAGCCUGACGGGAAGAAGCUCAGAGCCACCCCCUCACCUUCCACGAAUACCUGGCAUCGCGCCGUCCAGCUGCGCCUGGGAGUUAGAAGACACUGUGCGGUGACUGUCCAUUUGGUGCGCCGGAAGCGGUAGUUCAGAGACUGGCCCAAGUCGCAGAAGGGGUGGUGCGAAAGACGAAGUAUGAGGCCAGUCUCUGUGCCACUCAGGGGCGCCUUUUUCUGAGUUACACUUCAGGAAGGCUGCGAUCACUUUUAUAAACUUA